AUGUUUGACUCGCCCGCACUGCCACCUCUCAUUGGCACGUCGGGGCCCAGCGACAGCUUCGCGCUGCCCAAGAAGUCGUGGCUGCAGCAGGCGCAGGACGUCGCCCCGAUCUUCAGCUGGCUGCCGCACUACGACGUGCGGCGCGACCUCAAGUUCGACGUCGUGGCUGGCAUCACCGUCGCCAUGAUGCUCAUCCCGCAGGAGGUGUCGCUGUCCACCAUCAUGAACGUGCCGGCCCACCACGGGCUCUACACAGCGGCCACGGCGCCGCUGGUCAACGCCAUCUUCGGCCAGCACGGUGCUGUGUCGCUGCUGGUCGGCACCAUCCUCGAGGACAUCGACGACCAGGACGAGCGCGUGGCCACGGGCAUCAUGAUGGCCUUCCUCAGCGGCUGCAUCCUGCUGCUCGUGCGGCUGAUCAACCUGAGCCAGCUGGCCGACUUCUUCUCGCGCCCGGUCAUGGGCGGCUUCAUCUCGGCCGGCGGUCUGCUCAUCAUGCUCUCGCAGUUCUCCAACGCGCUGGGCAUCAAGUUCGCGUCGCAGGACUACCCGCCGCAGACGGUCUACCAUAUCUUCAAGCACAUCGGCCACACCAAUUUGACGGCCUUCGCAGUCGCCGCCAUCUCCAUCGUGUAUCUGUUCACAGUCAAGAUCAUCAAGAAGCGCUACUUCCCGUCGCCCGUGCUCAUGCAGCUGUUCGAGUCAAGGCACCCGAAAAAAUAA